CACAGCUGACAGCUGACCAUCGGAUGUAGCUGCGAUCAAUUUAAGCAACCAUGGUGCCACGGUGACCUUCAGUUGAUCCAAAAGCAGAUCACCUGCCGAGGUUGCGCCGGCCGCAUGAUCCCAUGCACCCAGCACCGCCGCGUGGAACCGCCGCCCCAGCGCUGCUCGGCCUCCGGAUCUGCGCCGCCACCGCGGAACCGCCGUGCGGUGUCGUCCACGUCCGCGCGGCGGAUCUUCUGCCCGCCGGCGAAGGCGGAGGCCUGUGAGGUGGACGAGUUCGCCAGCAGCGAGGCGAUCGACUUGGAGGUCUUGUGCGAGCGAUUGCUGUUCGCGGUCUUGAGCCGAUCGUACGAGAUACCCAGAGGCGCCUUAAGCAGGGAGGUGAGCGAACUCUUGCAGAGGAUGCUUUUGAACGUGCAGGAAGGGUUGGAAGCCCUACGCUUGUUGACUUGUACUUGGAGCUUCCGGCUUUGUUGGCUUCCAAACAACAGCACCAAGAGUUGGUUGGUCGCUGCCAACGCGGCCAAGAGUUGGUGGCACCAGUGGUGGCAGCUGCUGGAGAUCUUGGAGAAAGCCUCGGACGGGAUGGUCUCUGCGGGGCAGGGGCUCUUCAAGAGCUAUGGAGUGCCAUUGAACCUGGUGGAGAUCCCCAAGCCAAGCGUGAACGAGAUCCACGUCGGCAGCAGCGUCAUUUCAGCAAUGUCCACCCAGGCGGAGACCUUCUAUCAGGCUUUUCUGAUGUCCUUGGAUCCCAUCAUGGGCGAGGUGAUUCCACAGGUCCUCGAGCAUCGGAAGCGCUUCGACCGGCAGGCCAGGGGCUUGAAGAUGUACUCGCCCGACUUCCCCGCAGAAGUACCUCACAGCCAGCUCUGGCAGUUCUACCCUGACAGCUUUGCAGCCGUUUGCGUGAAGCAGAAGGGUGAAGGGAAUCAAAGGCGACAAGCCUCCGAAGGCUCGGCCCUCGCCAACGCCUUCGACAUGGCGGGGCUUCGGAUGCUGCACCGCACAGUGCUUGAGGCCUUGGUGGAGAUCGAUGCAGCAGGAGAGGCCUUGUCCUUCCAAGUGUUGAACUUGGGAGCCAUGGAUGGCCGUUGCAGCGGUGGCCCCUCCACGGACCCCGCCAAUUGUUUGUUGCUGGGCCACUCCGAGCUGCCCGCGCUGGAUCGAGAGGGUCAGAACCGCUCGCGCUGGGGCGGAAUCCUCGUGGAGGUAGAUCCACCCCCUCAGCUCUUUGAACGCUUCGCCGGCCGGGACGACUUGCUGGUGGUGCCGCGCCCCGUCUUCCCGGAGAACGCGUCCGAGCUCUUCGAUGGAUUCGCUCCGAGGCAUCCUGAAAGCUUGGAUUUGCUGAAGAUCGAUCUGGACUCCUUCGAUUGCGAUGUGAUUUCCAGCGUUUUGAGGGUGGGACCUUUGGCGUCCAAUCCUCCCAAGCUGCUCUACAUCGAUUUCAACCCUCACAUUCCUCCACCUUUCCUCUACCGGACCAUCUCCCGCUCCCAGUCCCGCAUCAUACCCUUCCAAGGCUCUUCGCUUCAGUGCUUCUUGGAGGCAGCUCCAGGCUUCCAGCUGCUCCAUGUCGAGCUCUUCAACGCGAUUUUGGUGCGACGCGACCUGCAGCGGAUCUUUCCGGAACUGAGGAAGCCUUGGGGAUCGGAUCCUUUCAAGCAAUGGGCCCACGGAUCCUUGGAGGGAGCUGAAUCGUUUGAGCCUUUUCAUGCCUUUUCUCUAUGCAGUUCUUGUGUGCUCGGACCUGUUAGGAGCUUAGGGACAAGCUGACUUGAUUUCUAUUGGGGGGGUGCAAUGGGGUCCAAGUGACCAAGUGGUUCGUAGCAUGAUUUCUCCAAGAUUUGAGACGUGUCAUCCACAAAACGUGGGUUGGUCAUGCGAUGUGAACUCCGCACAAGACGGUCACGGACCUGGUAGGGACGGGCAGGAGUCAGGAGAUUUUUGAGACAAGGUGUGUUUUGUUUGAUGUCCAUGGUCGUUUUGGGGUGUGUUAUCAAAAUGACCUGUUCUUGCCACAAGCUUUACACCACCACCAGAACCAAGAAAUCAUAACAUGAAGGUGUAGAACUUUCCGUGCACAUUCACCAAUCCCUCCACAUGUUUGGACCCCCGCCAGCUCAAAAGAUUCAAUCAAACUCCCACAGUUCUUGCAGAAUUGCUCCUAGUUUGCUUCAACAGCCUCUUCUUUCCCUGAUGAAGCCACAGAAAAGGCGCGUCCCUGCAAAAUUCCAACGUCC